AUGUAUACAGCAAAGUUAUUACCAUUUGGUUCUUUUUUAUUAGGUGUUAGUUUUAAAGAAGGUGAUAUAGAUAUGGUAUGUGCAAGUCCUUAAUUUAUUAAAAGAGAGACACAUUUUCAUGAAGAUUUGUAUAAGAUUUUUAAAGCAAAUAAAAAUAUUAAAGAAUUAAAAAAUAUUAUUGAAGCAAAUAUUCCUAUUAUUUCUUUUAUUUAUAAUGAUUAAGAUAUUGAUAUUUCAUUUGCUUAGUUCAAACUUAAUAUUUUGCCUGAAAAUAUUGAAGGAGAAAUUCCUGAAGAAUUACUUGAAGAUAUGACUGAAAAAGAUGUUGAUUCUUUAAAUGGAAGAAGAUGCAACUAAAGCAUUAUUAAUAGUGUUAAAGAUUAAGAAAAAUUCAAAAAUACACUUAAAUUUAUUAAAUUAUGGGCUAAAUCUAAAGGAGUAUAUAAUAAUAUGCUUGGAUUUUUAGGAGGUAUUAGUUGGGCUAUUUUAGUUGCUAAAAUUUGUUAAAUGUUUCCAAAUUAUGAAGUUAAUUAGUUAAUAAAUGAAUUUUUUUAUUAUUACACACACUGGGAUUUUUCACAAAUUCCAAUUAAAAUUAAAGAAUACUAUGAAAAUACUAAACAUAAGCAUUAUAAUAUUAAAAAACGUAAAGAGUCAAUUUUUAUGAAUGUAAUGACUUCAUGCUUUCCUGAAUAUAAUUCAACUGCUCAUUUAUCUGAGUUUGAAUAAUCUAAAAACAAAUAAAUAAUGAAAAACAUUGCUUAAGAUUAAAAUGAAGAAGAAAAUAUUAAUUUAGAUGAUUUCAUGUGA